AUGACUGCACAAAACACCAUGAUCGGAGGCGAGAUCAUCGCAGAAGAGCAGGUAGCCCGCCUCACGAAGCUACCUGCACCACAGCAGGCCUAUGAUGCUCUUAACAGCGGCGCCGUCAAGGUCUUCACUACUGCAAACUUCGGUGGCACCAGUUUCACGAUUGAAACUGAAGACUAUGCGAGCGGCCAGUGUCACAGACUCUUGACGGAGAAUUAUAACAAGGCUUGUUGGAUUACGUGGAAGCUACCAUUGGGUACGGUGAUGACAAUGAUAGAACUCGACAAGACCCCUGAGAAGAACCAGCCCGUCGCUGAUACUCGUGGUUGUGGUCGUACCGUUAAGUUGGUGGGUACCGGCAAGACGUAA